AUGACUACUUACUUCUUAACGUAAUAUUAAAAUUUAAGCUCGGCUACGUAAAACCUAAUGGGGAGCUUAAUUUUUAGAUCGUGAUUCCUUGAAUGUCCCAUAAAAGUUGCAUACACAGUAAAGACUACACUUGCAUUCAAAUCGUGAACAGCAAUAAUAUAAUUUUUAUUGAUUUGUAAUUCAUGGAUAUUUAGCGCCCUCUAAUGUAUACAAUCAUGUCAGUGGUUCACAAAAGCUCCGUAUAUUUAUUCUGAACAGUAGUCCAAGCGAUCGGCGAUCGAUGAAAUCAAAUAAUUCUUUUCCACAUAUCUGAUCUGAUUGAAACGCAAUAUUGAAGAAAAAACCAUGGAUUUCGGUGGAGUACGAUUUCCCUCUCGUGAAUGGCCCGAAAUCAGAGCACAAUGUUGUGUCGAAGAAUGUACAAGCAAUUCUCAGGACGACUUAACUUUAAAAUUUCAUCCAUUUCCAAGAAAAAGUUAUAAUUUUGAAGUUGUGAAUCCUGUAACAUUUAUCAAAAAAACUGUCUGGACUUAUAAAGUGUGGAAAAGAGCACUGCGAAUCAAUCAGGUCGACUCUAAUACUUUCGUGUGCUCACUACAUUUUAGAAGAGAUGAUUAUAUCGAUAUUGACGACGAAAUAAUGUGCCGUUUGAAACACAAUGCUGUUCCGUCCUGCAAUAUGUUUAUACCAGUAACUAAGGUGUGGUAUACUGCUGAAGAAGAAAAACCACCCUCUGAUUGUGACGAAUCUACCGAAACUGAAUCGGAAGAUGAAAUAAUUCCGAAAGGAAAAACGUCUGAAGAAGAAUCUGGUAAUAGCUACAACUCAAAAUUCAUUUAUCCGAUUUCGAGUGAUAUCCUCGAAUAUGAAGAAACAGAAUCAGAAGUGGACGAGAUUCCAAUAGACGAAAUCUCAAUGAUUAAGGUUAACUCAUCGAAGACUAGUAAAGCUUCAAGAUCGGCGACUCCUUGCGUGAAUGAUAUUCAGGAGCUAACAGAUCAAAUAAGGCUUAGUAUUAGUUCUGCUUUACCUGAGACUACUGACUCUCCAAGAUCGACAUCACCUGACAGUAAUGAAAUUGAAAAAAUUCAUUCAGAUGUUAAAGUAGUUUCUGAAAGAAAAUUACUUGAUAAAAGUAAUAUUCUUAGAUCAGGAGGACAGCGCUCUUCAAAAAAUACUAAGGAUUUUGCUGAUACAAAACGGACUCCAAAACGGACUCCAAAACGCAAAUUUAGGAAAAUAAUCUAUCCUCCUAACUCUUUAAAACUAGCGCAACCUCAGUUUAACGGAAUUUCAAAUAUUACUUCUGAAAAAGACGAUGGAAAACCAAUGCCAUCUGAUGAUAGUGGAAUUUCUAAAACUUCUGUCGAGACUCAAACGAAUCAAACUAUAAAUCCUAGAACAUUUCCGAUUAACAAAUCUUCACAAACUAAGCUUAAAUAUUUUUCGGAUGCGAAUUCUAUUACGACUCAAACAAGCCAAACUCUAACUUCGAUGAAUCAGAAAAUUACAGACAGAACAGAAGCAAGUAAUGGCGAUGAUCCAGAACUAUUAAUAAUUGAUGUUAACAAAAUUACAGAAUCUGAGCCAGAUUUUCAAAUAGUUAACACGAUAAGCGAUUCGAAUUCACAAAGGAUUAAAAUCUUCUCCAAAAUAAAAUUACUGCUCGAAGAACCUACACCCAUUAACGUUUCGUGUGACGGUUUAGUAGAUGUUAAUUCCGUAAGUGUUGACAUAAUAACGAAAAACGCAGAUGAAGAUCAGUUAAAAGAAGUUUCCAUGGAAAUUGAUAUAACUGGAGAAGACAUAGAAAAUGUAAUCAUUGAAAUUGGCGGAAGAACUUGGAGCCUAUAUCUGGAGUGAUGAAAAUGUAUUGUGCUAUUGUGAAUUUUCCAAGCAGACGAAUGUUUUCCGAUCUGACACAAGUUUGGAUCUAUUACCAUUACAGAUGUAUGAAACUUGAGACAGAUCGAAUUUCUUCACACCCUUGGAAAAUUGAAUUUUCACGGCUUGUCAAUCGUAAGAAAAUUUUCGUCUUAAAAAUCGUAGAAAGCUGUAUUGACUCUGAUUAAUCAACGGAAGAAAAAAAACGCAAACGUAUACACAAACAAGCAUUAAAACGAACAAGGAGCAUUUCACCUUGGACGUUGUCGCGACGUAGAAAGCAGGUAGGAGUUUGUUUCUCCGCUCUCUCUCCCCCUGGUUCGCAUGCACACACAAACAAAUGCUACACCUAUAUGAAAAUAUCAAUCGAACGAAUCACCGUUUUCUACAGUAUCUUUUCACUGCGUUUUUUUUCGCAUGCUUAUUUUUAUCCUAAUGACAAUAACACUAAGCAUCAAGAGGCGAAUUUAUAAGUAGAAGGCGGAAAAAAGAGCGUGGAAACCGUUUACUUUCUCCAUAAACGGGUACACAUACAUGUUUGUAAUAACAAGCGAUGCCAACAUAAUUGGACUGUAUUUUAUUUUACUUUUUAUUUGCUACAUUGCUGCGAUAUCGUAUACACAUGUGACUUUUAAUUAACUGUAAAUUCGAUUGCGUUCAAUCGAAUAGUCGUGAAAAAUAAACACAAUAUAAAACGAA